AUGCUCAAACUGUUUUGGAAAAGGAUGGACGAGGCGGCGGAGGGAGUAGGAGUGGGAGGGGGUGCCAGACACGAGGGAGGAGGCAAGGGGGCGCCACGCGUCGUGGUUGGGUACAGCUACGAGGAGGAGGAGGAGAUCGAGGAGGAUACAUCGAGACAAGCUCAGCACGGGCGUACGGAGAAGCACGGAGUGGCGCUCGGGGAGCGGGUGGACGAGCAGCAGGCGACGGGGGACGAUUGGGAUGUCGAAGAGCAGGAGGGCGGAGCGGCUGGGCAGGAUUUUGGGACAGAAGUGCAGCAGCAGGAGGGCGGGGCGGCUGCGCAGGAGGGUGGGGUCGGAGGGCAGCAGCAGGAGGGCGUGGUGGCUGCGCAGGAGGGUGGAGCGGGAGGGCAGGAGCAGGAGGGCGGGGAGGCUGUGCAGGAGCGACUCGUCGAAGUAAGAAGGAGACACCGCACGGCCAGUGGCAGCGGACAGGCUGGCCCUUCGACGGCAGGCCAUUCGACGUCGGCCAUUGCAUCCGGGGACCAGGUCGUCGAGCUACUGCAGAGAGUCGCGGAGGUCGAGGCGUCGCAGAAGAAGCUCGUCGCCGACGAAUUUGCGAAGCACAGUGAGCAAGCCGCUGUUUUCAACAAGCUUGCUGGGGAUUUUUGGACGGCCUGGAAUAUGAUUUCGGAGUCGUCGAAGAGGGAGUUGAAGCAGUGCGGCGAUGCCGUAAAUGGUGUCACGGAGGAGAGGAAGUUGUUGGAAGGGGCACGCUCGAAGCUCGACGAGAUGAGCAGGAAAAUCAUCAAGGGGGUGGCAGCCGCUAUCACAAAAGCGAGCAAGGACGCCGUCAAGAAGCAGCUCAAGCUUGUCGAGGAGCGUCUGGUUGCUUCGGUCGUGGAGGGUAUUGAGAAAGCCGUCAAGGAGGACUUGUUCUACUCCCCCUUCCGCCCGAGAGCAUGA